AUGGUCACGACAGCCGAAUCUGUGAAUCCGAACCUCCGUGAUACUGCUUUUACACAUUUGUUUGCGUACACUCCAAGUUGUUUCAUGCGGUUAUCUGCUAUUACAGAUUCAAAUCACGCACGCGGCUUUGGUAUGCGUGUGGUUGGUGGCAAAACCGGUGCUGACGGCAGACUUUUUGCCUAUAUUGUUUGGACUGUGCCCGGGGGACCAGCUGAAAAGAAUGGCUUACAGCAAGGCGAUAAGAUACUGGAGUGGAAUGGUAUGUCAUUAAUUGAUCGCAGUUUCGAAGAAGUUUGUUCUAUUAUGGAUCGUACUGGUGACAUAGUUGAACUUUUGGUGGAACAUGCAACAGAUUUUCGUAUGUGUGAUCUUUUCGAUGAGAAUUUGCCGCCUGGUAAUAGUGGCGGACAAAGUGGCCCUCACCCCGAAACCACAACAGACAAAUCACCGGCAUCUCCGACUAGACGGAAACUACCCAAAACUCCGGAACAAAUAAUGCGAGAGAAGCAAGUCAGUGGACGUGUCCAGAUACAAGUUUGGUACCACGCAGAACGUAAUGAAUUGGUCGUAUCACUAAUGGCAGCAGAUGAUUUAGCUUUACGCGAUGAAGCCUACGGUCACGGUAACUUACCGGAAGCAUAUGCUAAAGUACGCAUAUUACCCAAAUGCGGCGAUGGUUCCGUACAACAAACAGAAGUAAGUCGACCGACACAGAAUCCAAUUUGGAAUGCAACUCUCACAUUUGCGCAUGUGAAUGCGGAUAGCUUAAUGGAUCGCUAUAUUGAUAUACAACUCUGGGACUUAGUGCCACAUACAGAAUCUAUUUUUCUAGGCGAAUGCAAUAUUGAACUACAACAAGCUUUUCUUGACGAUCAUGCAAUUUGGUGUCGUCUUGAAGAUCCUAAAGGUUUGCGUGGUAUUAGUAUAUCCAAAUCACCAAGCGUUUCACCUCGCGGUUCACUUGCUACUGGCUGUCCUGGUGGUGAUGUAUCACGUUUACUGCGACGUGACUAUAAUAUGCAACGUUCCAUAUCAGAUGAAGUAGAUUCAAUUGGAGAUGGCACAUCUUUAUUACAUCCCGAUCAUGCUUGGAUUGCUGGUUCUCGACGUGGUUCCUCGCAAUCUGAAACACUUGAAGUUGAGGUAUAUCAGUUGGGUAAAGAUUUUUCACGUUCUUUACCUGGUUCUCGUCGUUCAUCAUUUCAAGAUCCUGAAAAAAUACGUGAAGAAGAUGUUAUGGUACCACCACCUACAACAUAUUUAGCGGGUAGGCGACGUUCAUCGGCUGCUAGACGUGACCCCGAUGAAAUUCUUAAGUCACUCAAGGCUGUACGUGGUGAAUUAGGGCGUGCAAUGAGUUUAAAUACUGAACCUAACAAUAAACGGCCAACAUCUAGACGUGAGUAUACAGUUCUGAUUUAUUUAUUAAUGAGAUUUGAACAAAUAAUGCGAGAGAAGCAAGUCAGUGGACGUGUCCAGAUACAAGUUUGGUACCACGCAGAACGUAAUGAAUUGGUCGUAUCACUAAUGGCAGCAGAUGAUUUAGCUUUACGCGAUGAAGCCUACGGUCACGGUAACUUACCGGAAGCAUAUGCUAAAGUACGCAUAUUACCCAAAUGCGGCGAUGGUUCCGUACAACAAACAGAAGUAAGUCGACCGACACAGAAUCCAAUUUGGAAUGCAACUCUCACAUUUGCGCAUGUGAAUGCGGAUAGCUUAAUGGAUCGCUAUAUUGAUAUACAACUCUGGGACUUAGUGCCACAUACAGAAUCUAUUUUUCUAGGCGAAUGCAAUAUUGAACUACAACAAGCUUUUCUUGACGAUCAUGCAAUUUGGUGUCGUCUUGAAGAUCCUAAAGGUUUGCGUGGUAUUAGUAUAUCCAAAUCACCAAGCGUUUCACCUCGCGGUUCACUUGCUACUGGCUGUCCUGGUGGUGAUGUAUCACGUUUACUGCGACGUGACUAUAAUAUGCAACGUUCCAUAUCAGAUGAAGUAGAUUCAAUUGGAGAUGGCACAUCUUUAUUACAUCCCGAUCAUGCUUGGAUUGCUGGUUCUCGACGUGGUUCCUCGCAAUCUGAAACACUUGAAGUUGAGGUAUAUCAGUUGGGUAAAGAUUUUUCACGUUCUUUACCAGGUUCGCGUCGUUCAUCAUUUCAAGAUCCUGAAAAAAUACGUGAAGAAGAUGUUAUGGUACCACCACCUACAACAUAUCUAGCGGGUAGGCGACGUUCAUCGGCUGCUAGACGUGACCCCGAUGAAAUUCUUAAGUCACUCAAGGCUGUACGUGGUGAAUUAGGGCGUGCAAUGAGUUUAAAUACUGAACCUAACAAUAAACGGCCAACAUCUAGACGCACCAGUCGAGUUGGUUUACCGAGUGGUCCAAAUAGUCGCAAAAGUUCUAUACUUGAUCUAACACAACAACAACAACAACAGCAACAACAGCAUUUACCAAUUGGUAUUGGUAACACAGCAACAAGUCCACCAUCUGAUGAUGAAAAUAAACGCUUCACACCACGUUGGAAAGGUUCCGGUGGUAAUUUACCACCACAAACAGCUAAACAAGCAUUGAGUAUGUUGAAACAAGCUGCAUCCGUUUCGAAUGUAACACAAGGCACAGAGAAAACAAAUUUCCUCAGCAUCAGUGACAGUCCCAAAAAUAUACGCAAAGGUAGCAUGAUUAAUUUACCAAAUGAAUCCAAUGCACUAAGUGCAGCACAACAACGCAAGGGCAGUAUAAUGAAUCUAAAAGGUACCGAAUCUCUUCCGCAUCAACGUAAAAGUAGUGUUUUUGUGGCAGGUGGAGGAAGCACAAAUUCACCGAUACAACGUAAAGGUAGCAUGUAUGUCAGUAGCGGCUUAUCAGUUGGUACUGAUUCACCAGCCACAACACGAAAAGCAAGCGUAUUUAAUUUGAAUCCUAGUGACAGCCCGUCCAUGUUACGCAAACAGAGCGUAGCACCCAUGAGUGGUAGUGCCAAAAAUUUAACUUCACUUGGUGGUAGCAUUGGUAAUAUUUCAAAUAUGUCCGCUAUGUCCGCCACAACUAGUAUGGAAACGAAUUAUGGUCUGAAAUUGGGACCUGGACAAAUACAUCCCAAAGGUUAUCGGUUAACUACAGUACGACAUGGUGAACUUAAAAUGGGUUUCAUUAAAAUUAAAGGCAAUGUUGAAGUUGAGAUCAUUUGUGCUCGCAACAUUGUGCCCGUGGAUUGCGAAACACCACCUGACACCUAUGUAAAAUGCUAUAUCAAAGAUGGCGAUCGUUUGCGUCACAAAAAGAAAACCCGUGUCAUACGUCAUUCCGCCGAGCCAUUUUACAAACAAACUAUUAAAUACCAGAGCUCAGAUGUAUUCGGCCGGAAUAUUGUUAUCAUGCUCUGGCAACGUUGUGUAGGCUUUGAGCAUAAUCAAGGCUUAGGAGGCACUGAAGUGAAUUUGGAUAAAUUGAAUAUGGCACAGCACAUUGGCGGCUGGUAUCCACUCUUUCCAAUGCACUCAUAUGGAGGUUCAGAUUCGGAUAAUUCUCCUUGACCGAUCACGCUCAAGCAACAGUGUUUCAAUAAAGUUUUAAAA